UCUUGAACCUACGAUUCUCACUUCAAUCUCCAUCUAUUCACACCAACAACCUUAUCACCCAUGCAUUAUUGUGCCCAAGCAUGCUGUGGAAUUAUCCCACCUCACAUUCUGGAGCACAUCGCUUCCAGCCACCACCCUGAUGUGACUGAGCGCCAACGUGCCUUGGCCGGCAACACUCUUCGCACCAUGGCUCUCAUCCACAAAGCCAGAGAAGUCAUCGGCGACAGUCACGUACCCGGCUUUCGCACUCGGUCCGCGCCUCUCUCCGGCCGCCAUCUCUCUCGUAGCCACCAGUCCAUCAUCCCAGGCUACAUCUACAAGGAGAUCUCAGAAGCCAAAGAGCUUCCUGAGCACACUAGAGAACGAGCACGCCUCAACGUCCAGCGGAUCGACGCUCUCAAUCAAGCCCAGGGCGUGCUCCAGGGGAUCGUUAUCGGCUCCGCCGUCCCGAAGCAUUUCUACCGCGUGAUCCGCGAUGCCAAUCAAAAGAACGAAAGCAACGGCAGCGUCAUCGUGCACGAGGACGCUGCCGAUGCAAACAGCGUUGCGGCCACUGAUGACGACGUCAGCCGGGUGUGGGCCGACCUCGAGAAAAUCUUCGAAUUCUACUCCACCGAGUUCGACCGCAACUCGGUCGACGACAAGGGCUUGCAUCUCAUCGCCACAGUUCAUUUCGACGACGACAGCGGCGUGACGCCAGGGUUCAUGAAUGCCUUCUGGGACCCACGCACAAGUGAGUGGUACUUCGGGGAUGGCGACGGCGUCAUCUUCGACGACUUCACUAAAGCCAUCGACAUCGUUGCCCACGAGUACACCCAUGCCGUCACACAAUACACUGCAAAUCUGCCAUAUCGGUUUCAGGCGGGCGCGCUGAACGAGCACUAUUCCGACGUCUUUGGGGCUCUUGUGAAGCAGAAAUUCCACGCAGACGGACUCCAAAAGGCCAAGGAUGCGGAUUGGCUUGUGGGCGAGGGCGUGUUCCUCAACACUAAGGCUCCGGCACUGCGAAGCAUGAAGGAACCCGGAGAAGCAUAUGACUGGGACGUCAUCGGCGGCAAAGACCCUCAAGGCAAGGAUAUGGACGGAUACAAGAACUUGCCUGAGUGGCAGGACAAUGGUGGAGUGCACAUCAACUCGGGCAUUCCCAACCAUGCCUUCUUUCUCGUUGCCGUGGGCUUUAAAGAAGAGGACGGAUACAAAGGCUAUGCCUGGAAGGAGCCCGGUCAGAUCUGGUACAAGACGCUGGUGGAUCCGGAGUUCAGGGGCUAUUUCGACCUAGAAGGAGAGCUGACGAACCAGGCUGUGGAAAAGAACAUCAAGACCGCGUUCAAGUUGUUCGCCAAUUUGACCAUCAAGCAUGCUCAGGCGCUGUAUGGAACGCAGGGAAGGGAUAUCGUCAGGAAUGCUUGGAAGACGGUCAAAGUCUUGCCAUGA